UUGAAAUGCCCUACGUGCGGGAAAAAUUACAAGAGACGAGCCUGGUACAUUAAACACCUAAAAACACAUAAUGGUGUUGAAGCGCGACAAUCGUUGGUAAGUUCUUCAAUUAUCACUUCGGAUAGAGUUGACCCUCACGUAUCCCAUGGUGAACCAUUAACUGGAAACCACCAGGAGUCCAUUAACAUCCGGACACGUCUUAGCAUUCCUAACAUGAAACAAUCGACUUGGAAAGUUCACGACGACAAUUUAGCGGUCCUGUUAGAGCAUCCGGGCUCGAAGCAGGAAUUGAACUCGCAGGUAGAAACUUUCCAAAAUACCGUUUAUGACUACUUCAACGAGCAAUAUCCACCACGUAAUCAUUACGCUCGCAAAAAUAAAGAAAAUUCGUUCAAGAUAAAAAUGAGGAAGAAAAAACGGGAAUUAAUAAAAAAUCUACGUAUAGCCAAAGCUCUAGGCGACAACCACCUUAGUCAUCAGCUAGCUAGGGCGUUAAGGUCAAUCCUUAAAUUAAUUCAAGGAAUAUCGGCACAAACUGCAGAAUAUCGCGGUAAUUUUGACCGGGCCAAACAGGAAGUAGAUUUCGAUAAAAACCCUUUUGAGUAUUCGAAAACCAUUUUUAAGAAAGAACGCGGACAGCUUCUCUUGACCAAUGAUCAAAUUUACGACCAUUUCAAGAGCACAUACGAAGUGCCUAAAAGUGUAAGGCUCUAUACGGAUCCAAACGAACAAAAACCGGAAAUUCCUCAUAUCGAUUUUCACGGCAUACCACCAACGUUAGACGAAAUAAGUAGUCACAUAAAGAGGAAAUCAUCUAAAUCUGCACCGGGCCCCGAUGGUAUCCCAUAUAUAGUCUUUAAAAAAUGUCCAUCGGUUCGUAAACACCUCAUAAAUAUAUACGGCAAAAUCUGGUCAAGGAAGCAAAUCCCGGAGUGUUUCGGGAAAGCAAUUUUUGUCCUCAUUCCCAAAAAAGAUCGAGUUACCGAUCCGAAAGAUACUAGACCGAUAGCCUUAACAAAUACAAUAUCUAAAAUCUUUUUCUCGGUCCUACAAACGAGAAUGACGCGAUUCAUGCUCAGCAACAAGUAUUUUAGGCCAAAUCACCAGAAAGGGUUUCUACCCGGGAUUUCUGGAUGCCUAGAACACAACACCUUGCUGUCGGAGAGUUUGAAAGAUGCUAGAAAAAGCGAGCGGCAAAUUACAGUUUGUUGGAUAGACUUAGAGAACGCGUUCGGGUCGAUACAACACGAGUUGAUGCUAUUCGCGCUUAGAUGGUAUAACUUUCCACCCUUAGUUAGCGAUAUGAUUGCGUCGUAUUACUCAAAAUUAAAGUUUUCUAUUAUAACUAAAGAAGGCCCUUCAAAAAGUUUGAGUUACAAUGUAGGACUAUUCCAAGGGUGCUGUUUAUCUCCAAUAGUAUUUAAUAUUAUAAUCAAUAUCCUAGUAGAUAAACUUAUCAGCAAUGAGAAAAAAUGGGGGUAUCGGUUUAAGUUCAAUAACAAAUACACGGAAUCCAUUUUAGCCUUCGCUGACGAUCUCGCAAUACUGACACGUCUCCCCAAACACUGUCAAGUACUAUUGGAUGAAGUGGAUAAAUUCUGUGAGUGGACGGAUGGAUUGAGGACAAAACCAAGUAAAUGUCACUGUCUGUGUCUUGGUAGGCGGAAUACAAGAUACACCUCAUACGAUCCGGGACUAUCGAUAGGCGGUCAAUGCGUUUCUACGGUUACGGAAAAUGCACCAUUCAAGUUUCUCGGUCGUAAGAUUGAUAAUAUAGGUCGUACUCCAUCUUUAGAAGGAAUAGUAGAUAGCUUUUUAAAUGAUCUCAACAAGGUAGAUAGCCAGCAGAUCAGUAACGUAAAAAAAAGCAUGGAUCUACGAUAA